CGUCGAUCCUACCGCACGGGUUUCUGCCGCGUGAGGAAACACCUUCAGUGCAAAUUCAUUGGGGCAGCUUGAGUGAGCAUGUUGCUCCAACCGAUCGUUCUCGCUGUGUGCUUGGCCGUAGCAGGCCUUGCCGAGGCUCAACGAUCCUUCACCGUCGAUUAUGAACGGGAUACGUUCGUCAUGGAUGGCAAAGAUUUCCGCUACGUCGCUGGAUCGUUCCACUACUUCCGAGCGCUACCACAAACCUGGCGCACGAAGCUACGAACGAUGCGUGCCGGUGGACUGAAUGCGGUCGACCUUUACGUGCAGUGGUCCUUGCACAAUCCGCGCGAUGGCGUGUACGACUGGGAGGGCAUUGCCAAUGUAACCGACAUUAUCGAGGCCGCCAUCGAGGAAGAUCUGUACGUGAUUCUCCGCCCGGGACCGUACAUUUGUGCCGAAAUCGAUAACGGUGGAUUGCCGUACUGGUUGUUCAACAAAUAUCCCGGCAUCCAGGUGCGCACCAGCGAUGCCAACUAUCUGGCCGAGGUGAAGAAGUGGUACGGUGAGCUGAUGAGCCGCAUGGAACCGUACAUGUACGGCAACGGUGGCCCCAUCAUCAUGGUGCAGAUCGAGAAUGAGUACGGUGCGUUCGGAAAGUGUGACAAACCGUAUCUGAACUUCCUGAAGGAGGAAACGAACCGGUAUGUGCAGGACAAGGCGCUACUGUUCACCGUCGAUCGUCCGUACGAUGAUGAGAUUGGCUGUGGUCGCAUCGAUGGUGUGUUCAUCACGACGGACUUUGGGCUGAUGACCGACGAGGAGGUGGACACGCAUGCCGCCAAGGUGCGCUCGUACCAACCGAAGGGACCACUGGUCAACACCGAGUUCUACACCGGUUGGCUGACGCACUGGCAGGAAUCAAACCAGAGGCGCCCGGCCGGACCAUUAGCCGCUACGCUCCGUAAAAUGCUCAAGGAUGGAUGGAACGUGGACUUUUACAUGUACUUUGGCGGAACGAACUUUGGCUUCUGGGCCGGUGCCAACGAUUGGGGGCUGGGCAAGUACAUGGCGGACAUUACAUCGUACGAUUAUGAUGCACCGAUGGAUGAGGCCGGUGAUCCGACGAUGAAGUAUAUCGCCUUCCGCGAUAUCAUUGGCGAGUAUCUACCUCUCGCUAUCAUGCCAGUGCCCGAGGCGUCACCGAAGAUGGUACUAGAGUCCAUUCAGCUAACAACGAUCGGUUCGAUCCUGUCCGAGAGCGGCCGUCAACUGCUGGGCACGAAUCCGGCCAACCCGUCCCGGAAGCUGCUCACCUUCGAGGAGAUCAAUCAAAACUCAGGCUUCGUGCUGUACGAAACCACACUGCCGAAGCUAACACGUGACCCUAGUCUGCUCACUAUCAACGGACUGCACGAUAGGGCACAGGUGUACCUGGAUGAGUUUUAUGUCGGUACACUUGCACGCGAGAACGCCAUCGACACACUGCCACUGACGGCCGGAUAUGGUUCGAAACUGUCGCUGCUGGUCGAGAACCAGGGUCGCAUCAACUUCGACAUUCUCGAUGAUUACAAGGGAAUUUUGGGCAAUGUGACCAUACAAACGUACGACGAACCGCACGAGCUGUCGCUGGAGGGUCAGUGGUCCGUUACGGGCUAUCCGUUCGACGAUUACGCCAAACUGCAACAGUUCGUGGACAGCGCUCCUGGAGGACCCGGUGCGAACGGUCGCGGUAUGGCCGUCCACGGACCGAUCGUACUGAGUGCGGUGUUCGAUGUGGCCACGGCCGACAUUCAUGACACGUACAUCAACAUGGCCGGUUGGGGCAAGGGUUUCAUCUUCGUGAACGGAUUCAACCUUGGUCGCUACUGGCCCGUUGUCGGACCGCAGGUUACCACGUACCUGCCGAAAGAGCUGCUGAAAGCCACCGGUAAUACGAUCGUGGUGGUCGAACUGCAGAAACUACCGGCCGACCGUACCCUGCACUUUGCCUCGAAAGCUAUCCUCGAUGAAGCUUAGGGUUAGGUGGUUCGCAUCGUGGUUCUGGUCUCGCAUCGAAAUGAAAUAAAACAAUUCAAAUCUAACUGAGAUCAUAA